UUAGGCUGUGGAACCCUACUAAUACUGGAUCCAGAUGAAUCUGGGCUAAGGCUUUUUAGAAGCUUUGACUGGAAUGAUGGUUUGUUUGAUGUGACCUGGAGUGAGAACAAUGAACAUGUCCUCAUCACCUGUAGUGGUGAUGGCUCGCUGCAGCUCUGGGACACUGCCAAAGCUGCGGGGCCACUGCAAGUCUAUAAAGAACACACUCAGGAGGUGUAUAGUGUUGAUUGGAGCCAAACCAGAGGUGAACAGCUUGUGGUGUCUGGCUCAUGGGAUCAAACUGUCAAAUUGUGGGAUCCAACUGUUGGAAAGUCUCUGUGCACCUUUAGAGGCCAUGAAAGUAUUAUUUAUAGCACAAUCUGGUCUCCCCACAUCCCUGGUUGUUUUGCUUCAGCCUCAGGUGAUCAGACUCUGAGAAUAUGGGAUGUGAAGGCAGCAGGAGUCAGAAUCGUGAUUCCCGCACAUCAGGCAGAAAUCUUGAGUUGUGACUGGUGUAAAUACAGUGAGAAUUUGCUGGUGACAGGUGCGGUUGACUGUAGUUUGAGAGGCUGGGACUUAAGGAAUGUACGACAACCAGUGUUUGAACUUCUUGGUCAUACCUAUGCUAUUAGGAGGGUGAAAUUUUCGCCGUUUCAUGCUUCUGUGCUGGCCUCUUGCUCGUAUGAUUUUACUGUAAGAUUCUGGAACUUUUCAAAGCCUGACUUUCUCCUUGAAACAGUGGAGCAUCAUACAGAGUUUACUUGUGGUUUAGACUUCAGUCUUCAGAGCCCCACUCAGGUGGCUGACUGUUCUUGGGAUGAAACAAUAAAGAUCUAUGACCCUGCUUGUCUUACUAUUCCUGCUUGAGAUACACUACUCUGGUCAGAAACAGAGGAUGUUGGCUGAAGAACUGCCUAACAGCAAAUAAAUUAACUAUGGAAAACAUAGACAUUAUGCUUUUAUAUGCUAUUCAGAUUUCAAAUCUUUCCAGUUUAUCAGUUUUGAGGGAGCUGAUAAAGGCUUUGGCUCACUCAUUAAGCCUGAUACAUAAGCCAUAUUUCUUAAAAUUCUAAGAAAUAAUUAAUAUUAUGGUGUAUCUUAUAAUAUCUAUUAAAAUGUAGUCUCUGGGUCAUAAAAUGGAUUAAAAUAUGGGAUCUCAGUAGGUUAUACUUGUAUAGAUAGUGAUAUAUUUCAUUUUUAAUUUGUCAUUUUUGAUGUAAAAUACAAUCACUUUUGUGAUAAAUAAACUAUAUCUGUUGAUCAUUUAUCAUUUUA